AUGGGAAUGUACAUGUUUCCAUGGAGAAAACCAAUAUCUAGGAACACUCCAAUCAUUUCCUUCCUCCUACAUUUUCUUCUUCUUGUUUCUUUGAUUUGUCAUGUUUAUUCUUCAGAAAAAAGUGGUCAAAAUCAAACUUUUCUACCAGAGAAAGAGUUUCACAAGUUGAAGAACAAUGUAAAUAUUCAUCUUCGGCAGAUCAACAAGCCCGCUGUUAAGACAAUUCAUAGUUUUGACGGUGAUGUUAUAGAUUGUGUUCCGUCUCAUAAACAACCAGCUUUUGAUCAUCCUCUAUUGAAAGGACAAAAACCAUUGGUUCCUCCUGAUAAACCAAGAGGACAAAAACGACUCGAUAAUUUUAGCGACAAUUUUCAACUAUGGAGUUUAUCGGGUGAAUCGUGUCCGGAAGGAACAAUUCCUAUAAGAAGAAUAAAAGAACAAGACAUGUUAAGAGGUUGCUCUAUUAGCACAUUUGGAAGAAAACUAAAACGUGUUGGAAGGGACACCACUGGCGAUGGACAUGAGCAUGCAGUUGGGUAUGUGAGUGGAAAUGAAUACUAUGGAGCAAAGGCUGGCAUAAACGUGUGGGACCCACAAGUGGAAAGUCAAUAUGAAUUCAGUUUGUCUCAAAUAUGGGUCAUAGCUGGUUCAUUUGGAGAAGAUCUCAAUACCAUUGAAGCUGGUUGGCAGGUCAGUCCAGAGCUUUAUGGGGACAACUACCCUAGAUUCUUUACUUAUUGGACGAGUGAUGGCUAUCAAGGAACUGGGUGCUACAAUUUACUUUGCUCUGGCUUUGUUCAAACUAGUAGUAAAUUUGCAAUUGGAGCUGCAAUUUCUCCAACUUCUACCUAUAAUGGAGGCCAAUUUGAUAUUAGCUUAAUGAUUUGGAAGGAUCCAAAGCAUGGGAAUUGGUGGCUUGAAUAUGGAUCAGGAGAACUAAUUGGAUAUUGGCCAUCCACUUUAUUCACACACUUAAAGGAUCAUGCAACUAUGGUUCAAUUUGGUGGAGAAAUAGUGAAUUCAAUGUCAUCAGGGUCUCACACUUCCACUCAAAUGGGUAGUGGACAUUUUGCAGAAGAGGGUUUUGCAAAAGCUUCAUAUUUUAGAAAUAUGCAAGUUGUGGAUUCUGAUAAUAGCUUGAUUCCUUUACCAAAUCUUAAGGUUGUAGCUGAUCACCCAAAUUGUUAUAACAUUCAACCAGGGACUAAUAAUGGGUGGGGGAAUUACUUUUACUAUGGUGGACCUGGAAGAAAUGUGAAAUGUCCUUGA